AUUGCUGCUUCAGCCUGCAGUAUUUGUCUACUUAAGGCAGCACCAUCUCCUAUCUCACCCGUAGCCUACUUCAGACUUGAAAACUCAGCUGGGCAACUCAGUUGAGCACUUCUCAUCUUAUAAGCUAUGGCCAACAAUUCUCUACUGUUUUUAAUUCUUGCCUUUUUAUUAUUAUCUGGGUUCUUUACCAAGACAAGCAGUGCCUUCUCAAUUGAAGAAGCAACUAUAGAUGAUCUUCAACUAGCUUUUAAGCAAAACCAACUAACCUCUAGACAACUCGUUGAGUUCUACCUCAAACGGAUCCGCAGACUCAAUCCGCUUCUUAGAGGGGUCAUAGAGGUGAACCCUGAUGCACUCUUUCUAGCCGAUAAGGCUGACCGAGAGCGCAAGGUCAACACCCCAGGGUCAACUGGUGGUUUGCACGGGAUUCCUAUCCUGCUCAAGGACAAUAUUGCAACCAAAGACAAACUGAACACUACAGCUGGUUCUUAUGCACUACUUGGAUCAGUUGUGCCUCGGGAUGCAGGUGUGGUAAUGAAGUUGAGGAAAGCUGGAGCUAUCAUAUUAGGGAAGUCUAGCUUGAGUGAGUGGGCUAAUUUCAGGACAGAUGGCGCACCCUCAGGUUUUUGUGGGAGAAGCGGCCAAGGAAAGAAUCCAUAUGUUUUGUCCGCGACUCCUUGUGGGUCAAGCAGCGGGUCAGGAAUAUCAGUGGCAGCAAACUUGGCAGCCGUGUCACUUGGGACUGAGACUGAUGGCUCCAUAAUAUGUCCAUCGAGUUACAACUCAGUUGUGGGCAUCAAACCCACUGUUGGUCUCACUAGUAGAGCCGGGGUUAUCCCCAUCACCCCUAGACAGGACACUGUGGGGACAGUAUCGGACGCUGUAUAUGUUCUUGAUGCCAUUGUAGGCUUUGAUUCAAAUGAUGCUGCAACCAGAGAAGCAGCAAAAUAUAUUCCAAACGGUGGCUACAGACAAUUUCUUAACCCUCUUGGGCUUAAAGGGAAGAGAUUGGGGAUAUUGAGGACUCCAUUUUACAAUUCGGGCAACGAUAAAGGAUCCCGUCGGCAUCAAACUUUUGAGCACCAUUUUCAAACACUAAGACGACAAGGUGCAGUUCUCGUAGACCAUUUGCAAAUAAGCGACGUUGACACGAUCACAGCCGGGCAGAAUGGAGAAUUACUUGCAACGUUGCUCGAAUUCAAGCCAGCCUUGAAUGAGUAUCUAGAACAGUUGGUGGCGUCUCCAGUCCGAUCCUUAGCAGCUGUGAUAGCCUUCAACAAAAAAUUCUCCAGAUUGGAAAAGACCAAGGAAUACGGUCAAGAGCUCUUCAAGAAAGCCGAGUUCUUGAGUCGAAACAUAACAAACAUUGAUGCUACAUUGAAGAAACUGGUGUCAACAUUCAGCAAACUCUCGAAGAAUGGCCUGGAGAAAUUAAUCAAGACGAACAAACUAGAUGCGGUGGUGGCACCUGAUUUUAGUUAUGUGUUAUCAUUUGUUCUUGCAAUUGGACAAUACCCUGGAAUCAGUGUCCCUGCUGGGUAUGACAGUGACGGUGUGCCUUUUGGCAUUUGCUUCGGUGGACCAAAGGGUUCGGAGCCAAAACUAAUUGAGAUUGCUUAUGGCUUUGAGACAGCUACCAAGGUUAGGAGGCCCCCUGCAUUCAAGCCUUGAAAGCUUAGCGAAAUCCCAUCGAGACUUGUUUUGAUGCUAAUCAAGUACUUACCAGUUCAAUAAUAAAACUCUUAUUCUGGGCAAACACCUUAAUUUUCAAGCUCUAAACACUUGCAAGUUAACGUGCUGCUUAGCUUUGUGAAUCUGUGGUUUGGUGUUGGGCUGGGUUUCAUUCCCGGCAUGGCUCUUCGAAAUUACUAGAUGGGCUAGCAGAUGGACCCAUUGUCUUUUGGAGCUUGCUCCAUGACUAUGUAUAAUUGGGUCAUCACGCCCACUAUAUAUUAUCUUAGA